CGGAGAGAGAGUUUAUCGAGUAAAAAUUCUCUCAAUUUAAGUUUUCCUCACGCGUUUUUUCGGUAUAUUUUGUCACUUAUACCAUUCAUCAAUUCAGUUUUCAUUACUCGGGCGGUGAAUGUGUGCUGCUGAUUGGAUAUUGUUUCGGCUUCUCUACCCUGCAAUAUUUUUUUUUUCGUUCUGUGAGUGUUUAUGUAGCAAAAAAAGAAGUAAAACCUUGAAAUAACCGGCAUUUGUAAUUUCAAUUCGUUUUCCAUUGGAACGUGACGCCGAAAGUGCUGUAUCUGAAUUUUGUUCAAAGUGUACGCGAUUGUGUAAAUACAGUUCCAUAUUUUGAUGUUUUGUACAAAUUUCAUUUCUGCUUCGAAAGAACGAGUACAGUGAAUACGACCAGAAAAAUUACAUUUUUUGUGUCUUCAUUUUUCCGUCACGAGUCAUCAAUAUUUUUGUUUGGAAACAAUGUCUUCAACCGUCGACACAUCAUUCAUUCCCGAUCUGCCGAAAGGACCAUUAGACAGCUACCGAAGUCGAGCCAAAUUUGAUUGGAAAAAACUUCGGCUGAUCUUUGAAGAUUCAAAUUCGUUGAAAAUUAAGUACAAAACAUGGAACACCCUCGAAGCCGAUCCACUAUUUGCAAAGCCGAGAUGUACCUUAUCGGCGGACGAGCAGAAACGACGAGCCGCAAUGCAAAUGAACCGAAUGACUGAUUUUAAUUUAGUUCCACCAGAGAUCUAUGACUUAAGUUACAAACAUAAGACCAAAUAUCUGAUGAGCAUCAACGAGGCACUGCACUCAAUUUGUCCGAGCUUUUCGGUCAAAAUAGCAUUAGGCAUCGGGCUGUUCAACAAUGCUCUGAAUGCUAUGGGAUCGGAACGGCAUUUGGAAUAUUACAAAGCUGCAUGGAAUAGAGAGAUUAUCACUUGCUUGGCCAUAACCGAAGUGUCUCAUGGCUCAAAUACGAAACUAAUUCGAACCACUGCCACUUUUGAUCCAAAGACACAGGAAUUUAUUAUCAACACACCCGAUUUCGAGGCAGCCAAGUGUUGGAUUGGCAAUUUAGGCAAAACCUGUACACUCGCUCUACUAUUCGCGAUACUGUACACUGCUGACGGAACAAAUCACGGACUCCACGGUUUCCUUGUGCCGAUCAGAGAUCCUCGCACACUGCAACCAUAUCCCGGUGUUCUGGUUGGCGAUAUUGGCGAAAAAAUCGGCUUGAAUGGCAUUGACAACGGUUUCGUCAUGUUCAAUCACUAUCGCAUUCCACGGGAAAAUUUAUUGAAUCGAACUGGUGAUGUUACGCCCGGAGGAGAAUACGAGAGCGCAUUCACCGAACCGGGUAAAAUGUUGGGUGCAGCAUUGGAGUCAUUCUCGGCUGGUCGGUUAGGGAUUAUGCAAGAAAGUGUGGGAACACUGUCACAUGCCGCAGUUAUUUCGAUUCGGUACGCAGCAUUACGUAAACAGUUCGGUCCGGAUAGAAGUGGACCGGAGGUACCAAUUAUCGAGUAUCAGUUGCACCAAUGGAGAAUAUUUCCAUAUCUUGCUGCUGCUUGUGUGUUCCGAGUCUCCGUGUUCGCCUUAACUGAUAUGUACUUAGAAACGGUUGAGAAAUCUCAGGCGGAUUCCAACGGCUUUCAGUUGCUGACUCAAAAAGUGUCUGAGAUCCAUGCCCUAGUCUCUUCGUCGAAGCCACUAUUGACUUGGACUGCCCGAGAUGCUAUUCAAGAAGCCAGAGAAGCGUGUGGCGGUCACGGAUAUUUGAAGGCGGCUAAUUUGGGUGAAUUGCGGAACAAUCACGACGCAUGCGUAACAUACGAAGGAGACAAUAAUGUGUUGGGACAACAGGCAUCCAAUUGGUUGAUUCGACAAUGGGAAAACGGCGUUGAAAGUCCAGCUGGAACGGCCAAUUUCAUUAAAAAUCGCAACGAAAUUACUGGCUUCAAUUUCGAGAACAUAUUGACGAAGUGCGACGUGAAUAGUUUCGAAUUUAUAAUCUGCUGCUAUGAAUGGCUAAUGUGCUGGUUGCUACAGAACAUUUCAAAGACAAUGGCCGAAAAGGUAGAGCAAGGCAUUCAUCGGUUCGCUGCCCGAAACAAUGUGCAAGUAUACAAAGCAAGAGAUUUGACGCGUGCAUACGCCGAGUAUUAUGCAUUGAAAAGCUUCCAAAAACGUUUGACGAAGAGUGAUGUUACUCCGGAUUUGAAGCCGUACUUGCAUACCAUCUUCCUCAUUUACGGAUACUGGUGCAUAGAUAAGCAUAUGACAACGUUCUACCAGGGAAACUUUGCCACCGGUGCAUCGUUCGUGGACACUAUUCGAAAUAAUUUGCUUCAAUGUUGCAGUGACAUCAAGGACGUAUCGGUAUCGAUUGUAGAUGCAUUGGCACCACCAGACUUUGCACUGAAUUCAGUAUUGGGAAAAUCGGACGGAUUGUUGUACCAAAAUCUACAGCACGAAUUUAUGACAAAUCCAGGAGCACUGGAGCGCGCCAGCUGGUGGCAGGAUGUGGUCAUUCCACCGAAAUCGAAACUGUAAAGAAAGGGAUAGAGAUAGAUAGAAAGAGAGGGAGAGAGAGAAUUUGGAGUGGUCUGCCAGACAGUGUGUGUUGGAUGUAGAAAUAAGGAGAGUUUAACGGAAAAUAAUCAUUUUUGAAGAGAUUUAAAGUCGUUGGCUGUUGUGUCCCCUAAUUCAUUAGAACUAUAGUCAUCCCGAUGCCUCCACAACACUCAAAUUUCUAAUUGGAAUCAAUCAAAAAAACUUUAAUCUUAAGAGAAAAUGUCCAAAUUUCCCGAUUGUAAUAUCGUUGUCGUCGUUUUUGUAGCGUAUAUAUUUGGCGCAAUUGGUAGUCUGGACACACAUAGUCGGUACCAAUUCAGUUGUGUAUUUUUACUAAAUGUUUUACUGGAAAAUAUUCUAUUUAAUGUUACGAAUUUUCCGAAUG